AACUGGUUUGCGUGUGUUGCCCCUUUAAGACGUUGCCCCUUUAAGACAUUGCCGCUUUAAGACUCGUUGCCCGUUUAAUUGAUGACGCAAAGUGUUCCUGUGAGGAAGAAAUGCGAGCUGAUCCAAGUUGGAGUGUUAUAUGUGUGCGUGCAUCCUAUAAAACCACACACAAACAUACUCCAGUAAAGAUAUGGAAAGAAAUAACAGUGGUUGACUGAGUUCCUGGGUUCUGAUAGGCCCAUCCAGGGCGAGUGUUGCUUAUCCUUCAGUCCUUAAGAGAUAAAGUCAAAUUACCAAUUCCAAAUCCAACAAAUGGUCCUUCGAGCCGGAUACACUUCCCUGGAUUGAGAUGUCAGCCAGUUCUACACCAGUAAACCCAUCGGUUCGUCCAAAGCGCCGUCCAGCCUAUUUACAAGAUUAUGAGGUGGAUUUCCCACGUUUUCAUAGAUCAGCUUUACCAGUGAGUAUAAGAGAAGCAGCAGUGGAGUCGUCUGAUGAUGACGAUUACUCUCCAUCACGUAUUAGAGUAUCUACAGCGAAACCUCAAAGAGCACAGUUUACCGGCUUUUCUGGCCCUCCGAGGCUGACUGAGCAUCAUGACCUCCCAAACCCUCUACAGCAGCGAAUUUCUACCUCUUCUCGCCAGUCAUUACCACAAUAUCUGAAUCGACAGCUACAGUUUGAAUCCAAUGCAGAGUCCCUUCCACAUGGUGAUGGAUACCAGAGUGAUCAGUCAACUGCUAGCUCUAUAAAGUUGCAAAGGAUCUCAGAGGAGAAUGCUAGACUCCAUGAAACACAGCAGGCCAUUAAAGCUGACCUUGAACGAUUUGAGACGGCCAAAGAUGAGUUGAUUGAGCUUUUAAACAGAGCUUGUAGUCUCCAAAGGCCCUUAUCUACUCCUAAGACCCAGUCUAAUCGUCCAUCAGUUAAAUUUCACCAUGCCGAGCAUUUGAGUGAUGAAGACUGGCCAGAGCCUCCUCCACCAAUCACGUAUGAAGAGCCCGAAGCUAUGAAUAAGCACAACAAGCAAAGGCUUUACAGCAGUACAAGGGCAAUACCAACUUUCAGUUCCCGACUCACUUCAAUGGAGAAGUCUAUGGAUUUUCACCAUCCAAGUCAGUAUGAUGAGCAUCUGAGGUAUGGUCAAUACCCUCCCCAAACGACAAGUCCUCAGUAUGUUUAUGACCACCCAUGGGAAUCAUUCACACGUCCAAAUUCUGAACAUCACAGAAUGGCAUCCUAUAAUAUGGCACCUUCCAUGGCAUCUAUGGAGCUGACUGAGAAAUAUUACAAAGGACCAUGCCCCACCAUUCCAUUCUUCCGCAACAAAGAUCCAAGUGAGUUUGCUCGAUUAAAAAUGGCCUUAGACAACCUCUUGCCACCUGACAGUACUGAAAUGUUCAAAUAUCAAGUCCUGGUUGACCAUCUGAAAUUGGACGAUGCAUGUCUAAUAGCAGACUCCUUCUUGCACUCCCCUACACCUUACAGAGACACCAUGAUGGCCCUCAAUGAACGGUUUGGUCAGCCCCACCAGGUAGCAUUAAAAAGGAUUGCUACUAUUCUUGAUUCUCCUGAUAUAAGCCGCAAUGACCCCUCAGCCUUUGAAAAGUUCUCCCUUCAAGUGCAGUCUUUAGUUGGUCUUCUAAAGACAUUGGGCCAGGCGGGUAGCAUUGAGUUGCAGUGUGGGUCGCAUGUUGCACGCCUCCUCAGUAAGCUGCCACCUGAAAGACGGGCUGAUUUUCGCCGCCACAUGUUACACCGGCCUGGGGUGACAUACUCAUUGAUGGAUCUGGCCGACUGGCUAAAAUAUGAAUCUUGGUGCCAAAGCUAUGAUGAUCAGUCAGCAAGAGGAGAAAGCCGACCCAAACGAGAGUCUCGGGUAGCUCCAUGGUCACGCCGAACCACUGCCACUGUUCUGACUGGGUCUGGGAACAGUGCUGAGGUAGCAAAUGCUACAUAUUCUUCUGAUAAGGCUGAUGAGAAAGCUAAGAGUAGGCCCUCAGUAUAUUGUUCUUACUGUCAGAGCUCUGAUCAUGCAUUCAGUCAAUGCCCCAAAAUUCCAAACCUCACCAGAGAUCAGCUCUCAGAAUGGAUACGCUAUCCACUGUGGUCUAAAGAAACCAUGUCCGCUUUGUCAGAGAAAGCAUCUGCGAAUCCUCCAUGA